AUGGCUGACGCAGACCCAACAUCUAGGUUACGGGAAAGCUGCGGCACCGGGAGCGGCGUCAGGCUACCCCCGCCCGGGUGUUGUUGGAGCGUCUCCUGGGGACUCUUAUUAACAGGAAGCUACUCGGAAGCAUUAAAUCUUGCUGAUCAGUGUUGCCCGUUUUCCUGAUUGCUCCAAAAGAGCAGAGAAAGUGGCUUCAUGAAUAGGAAUGCCUGCCAGGUACCAGAACUGGAGGUGAUGGAUGAAGAUCGGCACAUUGAAGAAGUCUUGGACAAGUUUGUGAAUUGUCACGAGCAAACAUAUGAAGAAUUUCUGAGCACUUUCACUCAUCUUUCAAAAGAUAAUGUGACCAAAAGAGGAGCCUUUGGAACCAAUUCUUCAGAAAACAAUUUUCCUUCAGUAAAAUUUACUCAGAGAAAUGAACCAAAUGAUCACCAUCUUAGCAAUAAAGCCAUCUUUCUUCGUACUUCGUCACAGUGUUCAGAAGAGGAACAGAUAGUGAUGGAUGAAGGCCAAAAAGUUGGCAGUUCCUUUCAGGGUGAUCUGAAUCGGGCAGGAAAGGUGAAGGUAGACAACUUCCUUGAUUUAGAAGAUUUGGACUUGGAUGAAGAGAUUAAGCCCCAAAUGAGUAAGAAUUUGCUGCUGCUUCCAGGAGAGGUGGAGCAGGACAGGAGCAUGAGUGUUCCUUCUUACAUUCCUUCCGUGGCCCAGCCUCUUACCUCUGGAGUGAAGCCAAGGCCCACUGGAAAAGGAGCAGGGGAACAAAGGGAAGAGUUACAUACUGUUGGAUAUUACGGCCGAAAGGUGUAUGGGGACCGUGGGGAAGGGAGAGGAGUAAGAAGGUGGUGGGUUGGACCCUAUCUGGGAGAAAGGACUAACUUGGUCACAGGAGUCAGCCCUCGUCAGAGAGUCUGGAAGUUCCACAUACAAGCCUUAGUCUGUCUGCGUUGCUGAUAAAAGAUAGUCGGAGGUGAAGUUCGGCCCUUCUCACUUGAUGAAGAAUUUGAUUAUGACGCUGUGAUGCUAACCCCCAAGUUCACUCCUGCAGAGGUAGAUACCAUCAAAGAGCUAUG